UCGUUACAAAAGUUUUGUUUAAAUGAUAGUGAGACAUUCGCUUGUUUCCACAGUCGUUCAUUUUCACGGAGUCUCGAGGACUUCUCAACAUUAAUACUCAGAUAUACGAGCUCCGGCUUGUGUCCCUGAAGGUAGCACCACCGGCUCCCAUGAUGACGUCAGGCUGUGGCGGUCGGGGCUGGGCUGGGAAGAGAGCCGCUGGAAAAACGGUCCCGCACACUCCCACGACUGCUCCUGUGAGACCCAGUUCACGCAAACAGACCAACUCCCUCCCAUUAUUUUGGGAUAGUGUGGGUCAGUGGGGAAGGCCUCGUCCCCCACCCCGAUCAGGCUCCCCCACCCUGGGGCAAACAGGGAGCCAUGAGUACACCAGGCAAAACCAGUGGGCUGAAACCCCCCAGUAAAAUAGUGCGUCCAUCUAGUGUUCCAUCAAGGACGUCCCCGUCAUCUGCUGCAGCGAAGCCGGUUCCUCCUGAGAAACCCCUCGUCGGCGUGACCCCCCCGACCCAGGAUGGAAACACAGAUUAUCAGAUAGGUGACAGGAUCUGGGUGAAUGGCAACAAGCCUGGCUAUGUGCAGUUUGUCGGGGGCACGCAGUUUGCUCCUGGGCAGUGGGCGGGCAUCGUGCUGGACGAGCCCAUCGGUAAGAAUGAUGGGUCGGUGGCUGGUGUCCGGUACUUCCAGUGUGAGGAUGGACGGGGAAUUUUCACUCGUCCCUCAAAGCUCUCCAAGACUGCGCUCCCGGAGAAGGAGACUAAUGGAGGGCAGCCCAGUCCGCCACAAGGAGGCCCUGCAGCAAGCGAGCCUGCACCUGCUGCCCCUACCUCCACUGCUCAAGUCUCCGGCAUAAAGACUAGCAGUGCUCUGAACCGAAUGGUGGCGUCUAGCGAGUCCGUGUCCAACCUGUCUGACCCAGACUCCAUGAAGAAGAUCAGGAGGGAGCUGAGGCUGGGAGACCGUGUUUUGGUUGGUGGCACCAAGGCAGGAGUGGUGCGCUUUCUGGGAGAAACAGACUUUGCCAAAGGAGCGUGGUGUGGUGUGGAGCUGGAUGAACCUCUGGGCAAGAACGACGGUGCUGUAGCUGGGACCAGAUAUUUCCAGUGCUUGUCCAGGUACGGCCUGUUUGCUCCCAUCCACAAGGUCACACGGAUCGGCUUCCCCUGCACCACCCCCACCAAGACAAAGAGCUCCCGGAGGAGGUCCGUUCUGAAGAAGAGCCCCAGUGCUUCCUCCAUCAGCUCCCUCAGCUCUGCCACCUCCUCGAUCAGCGGCAAACCCAGCCGCGCAGGACUGCUGACAGAGACGUCUGCUCGGUACGCCCGUAAGAUUUCCAGCACAACAGCGCUGCAGGAGGCUCUGAAGGAGAAACAGCAGCACAUCGAACAGCUGCUGGCAGAGAGGGACCUGGAGAGGUGCGAGGUCGCCAAGGCAACGAGCCACGCAGGAGAGAUGCAGCAGGAGCUGGCCCUGCUGAGGAAAGGCCGAGAUCAGUAUGCCGUGGAGAUGGAGGCCAAGCUGGAUCAGCUGCGUUCGAUGGUGGAGGCAGCAGAUCGGGACAAAGUGGAGCUGCUGAAUCAGCUGGAGGAGGAAAAGAGGAAAGUGGAGGACCUGCAGUUUCGUGUGGAGGAAGCGUGCAUCACCAGAGGAGACCUGGAGACGCAGACCAGGCUGGAGCAUGCCCACAUAAAGGAGCUUGAGCAGAGCCUGCUCUUUGAAAAGACCAAAGCUGAAAAACUCCAGAGGGAUUUAGAGGACUCUAGGGUGGUCACGGUGUCUGAGCGCUCCCGGAUCAUGGAGCUGGAGAGGGAGGUGGCAGACCUCCAGCUCAGGCUCCGGGCGUCCCAGCAGAAGGAGGACGCUGCGUCUCUGUCGCAGCAGCAGAUCAGCAGCCUCAAGACUCAGGUUCAGUCUCAGGAGAAGAAGGUCAGUGAGCUGAGUGUCGACCUGGAGAGCAAACAGAAAGAGCUUCAGUCUGUGCUGAAAGAUAGGACGUCUCUGCAGGAGCAGCUGACCGACCAGAGACAAAAGCUUGAGAUCGCUGAGGAGGAGAAUGAGAAGAUGGCAAAGAACGCACAGGAGCUGGAGGAAAGUGUGCAGCGUUCAAAGGCGGACCUCCAAACCCUGAUGAAAGAGAGUCAGCUCAGAGAAACCCAUCUGAAAGACAAGCUAACAGAGCUCGAGGCUUUGAAAGAGCAGAAUUCCAAACACCAGGAAGAGCUCAGCCUGUCGAAGCAGCGAAGCAGCUCAGAGAAACAGCGGAUCAGUGUCCUCUGCAAGGAAAUCGAGGAGCUGAAGCUGGCCUCCCACAAGUCUCAGCAUCCGGACCAGCUCAAUGACGAACACUACGGUCAGCAGGCAGACAUGAAGCCCAGAGAAACCAUCUCUAAUCCAGACGUAGAGGGGGAACUAAACCUGCACAAACCCACGGGCUCUUUAACCUCCGACAGAGACAGGGAGCUGGAAACUCUGAGGAAUGAGGUUGCCGUGCUGCGAGGAGAGAACGCCAUGGCCAAGACGCUGCAGUCGGCCGUGGAGACGCUGGCGAAGGACAAAGCUCAUCUGAAGGGUCGGGUUCAAAGUCUAGAGCAAAGGCUGAUGGGAACACAGACCUCAGAGGGGGGAGACAGGGAGGCUCCCCCUUCGGGUGACUUGGCUCUGCAGCGGCUGAGAGAGGAGAAGGAGUUUGCUGAGGGACAGAUCAACUUCCUGAACAGCGUGAUUGUGGACCUGCAGAGGAAGAACGAGGAGCUGAAGAUCAAGUUGAAGAAGCUUGCUCUGUCUGAGUUUAAUGGAAACGAGGAGACAGACGGGUUUGACGGCAGCAUGUCGAAGCGUGACAAGAGAGCCACCCCUCGUCUCUUCUGUGACAUCUGCGACUGCUUUGACCUCCACGACACGGAGGACUGUCCCACUCAGGCUCAGAGCCCCGACUCUGUACCACACACCACCUACCACGGGAACCCGGCAGACGAGAGGCCGUACUGCGACAUCUGUGAGGCCUUCGGUCACACCACCGAAUCCUGCAACGACGACCAGACCUUCUGAAGCUGUUUACUUCCUCCUCUCCUUAAACGCUUCUCAUAAUCCCGCCCUACAUGACAGACCCCAGCCCAGAGUUUUCCAUGAUGUAUUUUUAUACAGUAUCGAUGCGUGUAACGAGUAGCCGCUGUCCUAAUUUAAAUCCUCGUGUUCGGACUAUCAUGCAGAAAUUCUUGUCCAAACAUGCUUCUCUGGUGCAAUAUUGAUAUUUAUAACUAACACAAUUUGCUCUGUCCACUCGAAGUUUUUAACAUGUUGUUUUCUACAGGAAGUAGAAGUAAGUGGUUUUCCUGUUUCUCAUACUUUAUUUAUUAUUGGCAACAAGGUGAUGCAACCAAAUGAAGCCCAGGUGAAAAUGAAGCAGUUAGGAAAUGUGUCAGCCAGUCAGAGCUCCUAACACUCCUAACAAAUCAUUUAUGUAGGUAACAUUUAGUAAAGCUGCUAUGGAGAAGCUACAGAACAAGCUAGGUUUUAAACGCAAACAUGGUGGCUGAACCCCUCCCCCUAGAUAUUUUCCCUGACAUUCUUCUGCUGGAACUGGAAACCCGCAACGCUGGAGGAAACGAGAGAGCGCUAAACACCAGUCGUCAUUUUCUAGGUCCUAACGUCUUUUAUUGUCUGCAACUUCAAACUGUGUUUUUGCUUUUGGGACUCUGGUAGUUUGUCCUAAAGUUGAAGUGGUAGCAGCCGGCUGUUUCUCCUUCUCUGAUAUUAUUGAGCGGAGAACCUCUCACAGCAGUGGUGUUCUGUUGCUAAAUACGUGAGCGUGUGAUGAGUCGCAAAAAGAAAAACACCAUUUGAAGUCACGAAGAAAAAAAGACGUUUGGACCUAAAAAAAAUGGCAACUGGUGUUUAGUGCUCUGAUUUUCUGUGGUAUCACUGGUUUCCAGUUCUGGCAGAAGCAUCUCAGGGAAGAUACCUGAUGGGAAGGCUGAAUGAUCCAUGUCUGUGGUCAAAACCCGGCUUGUUUGCAGAUUUGUUAUAACAGCUUCAAACCCGUGCUCUUUUGGGCCGACUUGCUUCCAUGUUUAGUUUAAACUCAUCAUUCUACUAAAUACAGAUGUUUUUGUUAGUUAGUUAGUUAGUUAGUUAGUUAGUUGUAGUAUUUCCAAAGCUGAGGUAGGGAUAUUUUGUACCAAAAACAGCAACAAUAUUUUGGUACGAAAGUCAUGGAAGAGCCCAACUUUUUUUUCUAGAAAGUAAAUAGAUGGUGGUGGAAAAAUGCAAGAGAAAAAAUGUUAGCAGUUGUAUAUUUUUAUUGAAAAAAAUGUAAUAUUCAAAGAGAAAUCUUAAAGGUAGAGUGUAAGUCCUGGAAAAAAUGUUCUAGCAAGCUACAUUUGUAAAAGUCCUAAUUCAAACCCAUUUUGUUAGGCUCCGCCCCCAAAGCCACACAUCCGAAAUACAAGAAAAUGGACACAUUGGAUAUUGUCAAACAACCAUAAAACAUAAUGUUAUCUUACCUUUUCAACUUGUUGUUGGCACCUUUUCUGCCAUAAUACCCAACAAAGCACACCUACAUAACAGCCAUAGAGCCUCCAGGGUUGAUUUUACUUGGUGUAAUAAAUGCAUGAACUAGUUUUUCAGCAUCACUCCUGGAAAGGAUGCUUCUAAUCUUAGCAAUAUUCAGAGGUGGGAAAAGGAAAUAGUACAAACCUGUUUAACCUGGGAUUUGAAUGACAUGUCCUGGUCAAAGAUAACACCAAGGUUCCUUACUUUGUUCUCGGAGAUUAAUGUAAUGCCAUUCAGGUCAGGCGAUUGACUAAGCAAUUUCCUUUUCUGGAUUUCUGGUCCAAAGAUGAGAACUUCCGUCUUGUCUUGAUUUAAAAGCAAAAAGUUUAGAGUCAUCCAAUUUUUAUGUCCUCAAGACAAGCCUGUAAUCUACCCAACCGAUUAGGUUCAUCAGGGUUAAUGGAUAAAUAUAACUGAGUAUCGUCAGCAUAACAGUGGAAGUUUAUCCCAUGCUGUCUAAUGAUUUUACCAAUUGGGAGCAUAUAUAUAAUAAAAAGAAUUGUCCAAGCACUGAACCCUGUGGUACUCCACAAGUAACCCUGGAGUAUGAAGAAGAUUUGUCAUGUACAUUUACAAAAUGAAAUCUGUCAGACAGGUAGGAUUUAAACCAGCCUAGCGCUGUUCCUUUGAUCCCUACAACAUGUUCAAGACUUUCUACAAGAACAUUGUGAUCUACUGUGUCAAAGGCAGCACUGAGAUCUAACAAGACUAGAACAGACACAAGAUUCUUAUCUGAGGCCAUGAGAAUAUCAUUUGUAACUCUCACUAAUGCAGUUUCAGUGCUGUGAUACUCUCUAAAACCAGACUGAAAUUCCUCAAACAGAGCAUUCGUGUUUAAAUGCUGACAUACUUGGAUGGCCACUAUUUUCUCCAGGACUUUGGAUAAAAAUGGAAGGUUAGAUAUUGGUCUAUAAUUCAUUGGGUCAUCUGGAUCCAGAGAAGGCUUCUUAAGUGAAGGUUUGAUUACAGCAACCUUAAAAUCCUGUGGUACAUACCCAUUUACUAAGGAUAGAUUGAUUAUAUCUAGAAUGGGGGCAGUAACCAAAGGAAAUGCUUCUUUAAAUAAUUUGGUUGGGAUUGGAUCCAAAAUGCAAGUUGAAGGUUUAGAUGAAGCUAAUAUUUUUGAUAACUCUGAAAGCUCAACUGGAUCGAAACGGUUCAAGCACAGAUGAGGUUCUACAGUCACCUCUGAUGCUGCCUCACUUACCGAGGAAGAAGAAAUCGCAUUAGGGAGGAUGCUAAAGAUUUUGUUUCUAAUAGAAUUAAUUUUACUUGUAAAAAAUCCCAUGAAGUCAUUGCUGCUGAGGGCUAAGGGAAUAGAUGGCUCAGAGCUAUGAUUCUGUGUAAGUUUAGCAACUGUACUGAAAAGAAAUUUAGGAUUAUUCUUAUUCUCCUCAAUUAAUGCUGAGAAAUAAGCAGUUCUAGUUUGUCAAAGCUUGUUUUUAUAAAGCACAAGACUAUUUUUCCAGGAUAGGUAGGCCUCCUCAUGGUGCGUAGAGCGCCAUGUUCUCUCCAAUUUCCUAGAGUUUUGUUUUAUAAAUGAUAAAUGACCCGCACUUGUAUAGCGCCUCUCAGAGUAAGGACUCCAAAGCGCUUUACACUACAGUGUAUCAUUCAUCCAUUCACACACUGAUGGUGAUGAGCUACGAUGUAGCCACAGCUGUCCUGGGGCGCACUGACAGAGGUUUGUAAAUCAGAAUUAAACCAGGGAGCCAACUUCCUGUGCUUAAUUACCUUCUUUAUUAAAGGGGCAACAUCAUCUAAUGCCACACGUAAAGAAGAAGUAACAUUAUGAACUAAAUCAUGAAUUUGUGAGGGGCUAGAAAUGAAAAUAUUGCCCUCUGCUACGUGCCUCUGAGAUGCUGAAGAUGGUAAAGAUGGAGCAGUUGAUUUACACCAUUUACAAUUAUUUUUUUUUUUUGACUAAACAUUUAAUUGACUGGCUGCCAUCAGUGUGUGAAGAGCAUUUCAAGUAAAUAGUAAAAAAAAAGGCUUCAGAAAAAUGUCUCAUAAUCCUCUUUAAACACGAUAUUUAUCCAAUAUCCUUAGAAGGAAAACUACCCAGUGAGUUAUAAUACCCAGACCAACAGUUUAUCAUUACAUCUGCUUUCCAACACAACCCAUCACUUUAUUAUAGCUAUGCAUUUUAAUAUAUUGUCUCAGUUUUUCUUAAACAUUUCAUCCUUUGGACAUAUUACUACUUUAUUACCAGUAUAACUGAAGUUACUGUAUGAAUACUAUUAGAUCACACUGUUACUUUUAUUCUCAGAAUUGUUUUAUUUUCCACUUUAUUUUAUAAAUACCAUGAUCAUUGGUCAUUAUUUUAUUAUCAUGUCUUAUUUUCUGUGAAAACUCUUCUCGUAUUUUCAAACGUAAUUUUAUACCUCAUGUUGACUAAAGGAAUAUAUUUUUAUUUGUAAAAUGGGUCAAGCUUAGUUUUGGGUUUAAAACUUUUAUUUUAACACAAAUGAAAUCCUAUAAAUCAAGAUCCAGUUAUUGUUGUCCUUCUGCACUUUCAGCCUUAACCUCACCUGUUGAUAGGUGAACCGAGGAGUUUUAGUUUUGUUAUUCUUGUUUUAAUCUUAACAAUACAGAUGAAGACUCAAGAAAAAUGUCAAGUCAACCUCAAGCUAAAGCUUCAAUAGCAAAUCUGCUAAACAAGCUAGCUUUUCACCCUGAACACGGUCAUGGAACACUCACCCCUUCAUCCCUAGGCCCACAUCUUUCUGAUACCAGAGGAAACAAGAGAGCGCUAAACACCAGUCGCCGUUAUUUAGGUCUAAACAUAUUUUGUUGUCUGUGACUUCAAACUGUGUUUAUCUGUUUGGGACUCUGGCAGUUUGUCCUAAAGCUGAAGUGGUAGCAGCCGGCUGUUUCUCCUCUGAUAUUAUUGAGCGGAGAACCUCUCACACCAGUGGUAACCUGCUGCUAAAUAUGCGAGUGUGUGAUGAGUGGAGGACCCAUGGAAGUGCUGAGACCGAGAACUGGAUGGUCCAAUCAUUGGUUUCGGACCGAGCCGUGUUAUUGGCUGAGGUUUUUAGACAAAUGCGAGAGAAUCACUUCAUUAUUGUUUGAAUGCUGUUAAGCAUUCAGCAGCUUCAGCAAUCCGUUUCUGAAUUCGGCUUAUGCUACUCAUUUCACAGUUCAACUAAAUAUAAAAAUGAAACUGUUAAACUAGUCCUACUGAAAUAACAGGUGUUUAGACAUUUUUGCUGUCCAGAUUUUUAAAUAAUGUUCAGAUUUCAGUUUUCUGCUGUUUAGGAUUGUUUUCUCCGUUCUUCUCUUUGUGCUUUAUUUACAUUUUGGUGCUUUUUGCUUCUACAUCUUUCAAAACAUUCAGCUCAUUUUAACAGUUUUGCUUCGCUUCAGCUUCAGCAAUUAGUUUCUGAAUUCAGCGUAUGAUGCUAAUUUCACGGUUCAGCUAAAUGUAAAAACUAAACUGUUACAACUAGUCCUACUGAAAUAACAGGUGUUUAGACAUUUUAGCUGUCCAAUUUUUUUCAACAGUGUUCACAGAUUUGAGUUUUCUGCUAUUUAGGAUUAGUUUUCUUGAUUCUUCACUUACUUUUUGUGCUUUUUUUGCUUCUUGGUGCUUUUUGCUUUCACAUCUUUCACUACAUUCAGCUCAUUUGACAGUUUAGCUUAGUUUCAGCUUACUUCAGCUAUUCAACAACUUCAACAAUCAGUUACCAAAUUUAGCAUAAACUGCUUAUUUCACAGUUCAGCUAAAUGUAAAGAUUAAACUGUUAAACUUGGCAAAGUGAAAUAACAGGUGUUUAGACAUUUUAGCUGUCCAGAUUUUUAUUUAAUGUUCACAGAUUAAAGUUUUUUUUUUGCCAUUUAGUAUUAUUUUUCUCUAUUCUUCACUUACUUUUUGUGCUUUAUUUGCUUGUUGGUGCUUUUUGCUUCUACAUCUUUCAAGACAUUCAGCUCAUUUUGACAGUUUUGCUUAAUUUCAGCUUCAGUUCAGCUGUCCAGCAUUCAAACAGCAUUUGUGCAAUAAAUGCAAUUUUUCUAGUUAUUAUUUAAUCUUCACAGUAUAUUUAUAGCCACUACAUUAGAAUGUUAAGAGGCUUGAAAAAAACGUUUUAAGCUAGCUUGGUUUGCAGAUUAGCUAUACCAACUUUAAAGGGAAAAAUGGCGCUUAAAUAAUGAGCUUUUAUUCCUAAACACAAAACACUGAUGAAGCUCCUCACGUAUCCUGGUCAUGAUAGUCCUGGUAGGUUCAAAUGAAAGUAGCUGGACAUCUUCGGGUCCUUGAAGACAUUUUGUUUCUCAUUUGAGGAACUUAGUCAAAAAUGAAGUGAAGUAAGCAGAGAUCCAAGCUUAUCAGCUGUGGUGAGCUGUUAAUGCUACGCUAGCUGAACUCCUCUCUACCUCCAGAGAAGGCCUCAGAUGCGUCAGGCCGGUCCAUUUGUGAGAUGUUUUAGUCAGAUGCUGAAAUGUGUGAAUUAGACUGAAACUGUCUGGGAUUAGGUUCAGGUUUAGGUUAUUGGUGUUACACGAUUACCCAAGUCACUUGUUUGGGUUAAGACUCGGCGGUCUACCCACAGCUUUAAAGAGCGCACGUCUGUUUGUUGAGCUCUAUUGGCUAUCCUUGGCCUUCCAUGUCACUGAUGUUAGCCCACAGAAUCCUGAUUGGAAAGACUCCCAUCUGUUUGAAGGCUGAUGUCAUAACUUGGUCACUUUGGUCAUCAAAGGAUUGUCGUUUAGCUGUGCCUACACCAGGCUCAGGACAAUCCAGACUCGUUUACUGUGUCGUUCCAUGAGGGUGGAGCCACCUACCAAGCGCUAACAGAGCAGCAGUAUCCCCGUCUAUCUUCAAGAAUACUAUGGGACCAAAAUCUUCAGAGAGCAUCUCCUAUCCUAGCACAUAUCCUUCCCCUACUCUUCUACACUUCACUCUCAGCAUGUUCUAGUUAGAAAUGACCACGCGCCUCAUGUCAGAACCAAAGAAGUCCAUUACCUUCAUUUGAACCUUCAAGGAUAAACAUAAAACACUUUUCUGUUGCAGGUUUGACUUUUCUGUAAUAGCUUUAAGGACUUUCUUACUGCUUUAAUGGUGUGGUUUACUAGUUUAUUCAAUACAUUUGUAGUGUUCUAUAGUGUAAAUCAAUGCCUUAUGAGUCAUUGAAAAAGUAAAAAGCUAUGUGUCCGGUUUGGAAGGCUGAGCUGACGUGGAGCGGAAGUUGCUAGUCGCGUGGCUGUGUGACCCAGACGCGGAGUAGCUGGCGUUGGGUUGGACAGAGCACGCGGUUUUAAUCUAGGAACAGCGACUCAGUGCUCGGAGAGAGCCGAGACUGAGCAGUGGUUCUGGAUAAACAAAAGAGCUGACUUACUGGUGGUAGGCAGCGUGGAAGGAUGUCUUCCUUGGUGAGAAUGGCUGGAGAGCCUGAGAACUCGGUUCAGUGUCUGGAACAAACGAUGACUGAGUGAUCACUUAGCGGCGAUGAUGUAGUCGAGCCACGCCGGUGAUAGGGAUGCUGGGUAGUGUAGUACUCAGACUAGUUGAGUCCGUGGGGGGUGGUCAGGAGUUGGAGUUCGUGACAGGACCCCCCCUCGAGGCACGGCCCCGGAAGUCCCCGGACGGCGGGCCCAGAAGUCGGACAUGAGAGUCGGAUUCAGGAACAAGCGAGCGGGCUCCCAAGUGUGCUCCUCCGGACCGUAACCUGCCCAGUCCACCAGGCACUGUCAACCACGGCCGCGGCGGCGGGCAUCCGGAAUCCUGCGGACAGUGUACACACGAUCACCAUCCACAUAGCGUAGCGGAGGCACCGGGGCCAGAGGAGGGUGAAGAGGGGAGGAGACCACCGGCUUAAGCUGGGAGACAUGGAAGACCGGGUGGAUCCUGAGAGAGGCCGGGCGGCGCAGCUGGUACGUGACCGGAUUGAUGACCCCAUGGACAGGGAAAGGUCCUAGGAAGGGGGGGGGGGGGGGGGGGGGUUUGCAGGAGCCGGACGGCAUCCUCAGAUUGGCAGAGGAGAGCCACGCCUGGUCACCGGGCUGGAAGAUGGGGCCAGGGCGGUGGCGGCGAUGUUGGUGGGAGUACUCCGCGUUGGUCCGAGUGAUGGCUGCACAGGCCCGGAUCCAGGCGAGGCGACACCGGUGGACCAGAGUCUGAGCAGCAGGGACUUCCACUUCAGGCACCUGGUGGCCGAACAGCAGGGGCUGGUACCCAUAACGCGUCUCGAAGGGAGACAUUCCAGUGGCAGAGGAGACGUGGAGGUUGUGGGACAGCUCCGCCCACAGGAGGAAGCGAGGCCAGGUCGAUGGUUUUGACGAGGUGAAGCAGCGCAAGUAGGAUUUUCAAAUUCUAGCAUUUCACCGGAAACUAAUGCAGGAGAUAGGUGUUGGAGGCCAAAUAUAAUAGGAACUAAUCAUAAAAAAAAAAAUUCAGUCAACCACACCUUUAAAGUUUCAAUGUGAGGUUGGCCUGAUUUCUAAACCAAACCGAGUUCAGGCUCAGGGAUGAACAUCGGUGUGCUGACAUGCUGAAGCGAAGCCACUGAAAAUGGUUUUCUUAGUUCUUAUUGACGUUGUUGCUUUAGUUUUUAAUUGUUUAUUAUUUCUGAUUAUUUUUUAUUUACUAGCUAGUGAAAGUUCUCUAAUGAAGCAUCGUUUAAAGAGGAUAACUGUAAGAACUGCUAACUUCGGUUUGCACUCUACACUUUAGAAAUUCAGCAUUGAAGAAAUCUAAUUUUGUUUCUGGAGUUAUUCCAGUUUUAAGAUGAAAGACUGACUUGUGUCAAAGGUCCCUCUGAAGCAAAGGUUUGGCAUUUUGGGAAUUGUGAUUGUUUGAGUCAGAAGAUCAAAUAAAAGUUUUAGUGAGUUUAGCUGAAGAUGACUUAAAUCCUGACUAAAACUCAACCAAGCACACACGUGUUUUUAUGUUCCUCCUGUAGUUAAUCUGCACAUUGGUGUGUUUAGCUUAGCACAAAGCAUGAAGCUGGGAACAAUUAGCGUCGCUCUGUUCUGGUCAUGAUCACUUCUCGCUGAAAUGUCAAAAUCCUAUUUUUACACUUCGUAUUUUAUACUCGGAUAUUAAAAAAUAAAUAUUUGUGAUACGUUCUGUUCCCCGUUUCCUAGCAGAGUUUGGCUAACAAGCCGCUAGAUUUAGGUGUUCUAAAGUCAAAAAGCUAAUUUCCAAAAGAGUUUAAAUGGAGCUUCUGUAGAAAUAUGUAAAAUAUCAGACUUAUUUUGUUCUAAAGCACAAUAUUUUAUCAUAUUGAAUCUUCCAGCGUGAUGCAACAAACUGUUGACACUGUAAAUAGCAAUCAGACGUGAUUUUCUGAUGCAUGAGUACGCAGUGCCACAAAACACAAUUCUACCUUUUUAUGUGUCCUCUGUUUUAGUUUUCUGUCCACUGAGCAGAAAAUGUCCGUUUGUAUGAGACUUUAAAUAUAGCGUAGUUUAAAAGUGACGGGUCUAAUUAUUAGUGAUGUUUUAUACGUAACACGAGUAUUUUACACAUGUCCUUGUGGUGUAAAAUGUCACCGUUUUUUAUGUACUGUGUACUCCUGAACAGUUGAAUACCAAUACUGAAAAACA